AUGAGUGAGCAUCCCGCAGCCUCGAGCGGUACUCCUGCCAAGGAGAAACCGCCACCGCCUCAGCAAGUUGUAGCAGACUUCUGGGCUAAAUUUUCCAUCGAACAGCCUGGAAGAGUCACUCGCAUUCUUCCACCUAGUUCCCAUGCGAAACUGCUCAAGAAAGAGAUUUCGAAUGGACCAACACUUGGAAACGUGAAAACAACGCUGGGUUAUGAGGCUGCGAGAGACGAAUGCAGGAAGAAGGUUCAACGUAUUGCGAAUGAGUGCAGACGAUUGAAUGAGAAGUGGUCGGACCCAGACUUCAAUCUCGAAUCAGACGAGGACAACUGCCUGCACGGGCUGAUCGAUAAUGACUCUCCACGAGGGCCCAGCGUAGAUGUCUACGACUUGAGGAACGCACUGAGGGUUCUCAACUCAGCACCAAAUCUUUUAGCUCCGCUCGAGACGAUCUCGUUGCCAGCCCUCGGCAAUAUUCUUGAACGGGAGCCACAUAAGGAUUCAUCGUAUCCUCAAUCCGUGCAUAGGGUCGAUUUUAUAUUCAACAAGCCUCAAUUCACUAUUGACGGCUUCGGAACUUCUGACGUCCAACAAGGCCAGCUAGGUGACUGUUGGUGGGUGGCAUCUGCUGCUGCACUGUGCAAUGUUGACGGUCACAUGGACAAGAUCUGCGUGGCUCGCGAUGAAGAAUGCGGCGUGUAUGGCUUUGUCUUCUUUCGAGACGGCGAGUGGAUUUCCACUGUUGUUGAUGAUAAUCUAUGCCUCAAUUCGGUUGACUUUGAUGAUGCAUAUUCUGCCGCAUACGACCCCAGUGGAAAGAAGGCGAAGAAAUGGAAGGAGCAGAAUCAGACCGGGUCCGAAGCACUCUUCUACGCAAGCUGCGAGGACUCGAACGAAACAUGGCUGCCAUUGCUUGAAAAAGCAUACGCAAAAAUUCACGGUGAUUAUGCCGCUACCGAAUCUGGAUGGGCAGGAGAAGGAGUUGAGGAUAUGAGCGGCGGAAUUGCAACUACUAUCAAUCUCAACAGGAUCUUGAGCAAGGAGAGGCUUUGGCAAGAGCUUCUACGAGCAAAUAAGGACUUCAUCUUCACGAUCUCGACACCCGGUGCGGAGGGAGGAGACUCCGAUUCACGAAAUGGGUUGACUAGUCAACACGCCUACACCGUGCUUGAAGCUGUUGAACAUGAGAACCCCUGGGGCUUGAGAGAUCCCACAGGCAAGGGUGAAUGGGACGGUUCCUGGAGCGAUGGCUCUAAGGAAUGGACCCCAUACUGGAUGGAAAAGCUCAAGCACAAGUUUGGUGACGAUGGGGUGUUCUACAUUUCCUUCGAGGAUAUGCUGAAGCGAUUCAACUUACUUGAUCGGGUGCGCUUGUUCAAUGGAGACGACUGGUACAUUUCGCAGUGGUGGACGAGCGUCACUGUCCCAUGGAUGGCCACCUACUUGGACGAUUCCAAGUUUGUAGUUGAUGUCACGGAGCCCGGUAUCGUUGUAUUCGCUCUUUCGCAGCUCGAUGAGCGCUAUUAUCAGGGUCUCGAGGGCCAGUAUAGUUUCGACCUUCACUUCCUCCUUCGGCAGGCUGGGUCUGACGACCAUAUUGCGCUUGCUGGAUCGGAGCUCCGCGCACGAUCCGUUAGCGCGGAACUUCAACUUGAGCCAGGAAAGUACGAGGUGGUUCCCAAGAUUGUCGCUUAUAGAAACAAAGACGACGAUCUUGUCGAGGAAACGGUGAAGAAGGCCGCGGAAUCAAACCCUCGAAAGCUCCAGCAGAUCGGGCUGAAUUAUGACAGAGCGCACCUCAAGGCAACUCAGUGGAACCCCAUCUCCGAAACUUCGAAGGAUCCCAAGUCGACACCUACUCAAGAGUCCAAGACGUCGGAGCAGCCUACAGACGAAAAAGUGGUGGCGAGGCUAGAAACAUUAGCGAUCUCUUCGUCUCAAGGGGUUACUGCCACAGAGAGUACUGAUGCAGGUCCAGUGCAGACUGACACCACCAAGGAUGAUGAAGUCAGGCGAGAGCAGCCACCGGGCACAUCAGCCGUGGGCUCAGUUGCCACUCAACGAGAUGAGCCACAGCUUGAUGUGCCUUUAGGUCCCGAGGGUGAGGGCGAGGGUGAUCGUGAUUAUGAUCAUGAUCACCAUGAUCAUGACCAUGAUCAUGGUCCCGACAACAUUGAGCAGCAACCGAAGACAGAAGAUCAGCCAGAUGAAGCCAAGCACGCAGCAGGCCCAUGGAACGCCUCUGACUUCGGAGGAGCUCUGUCUCCCAUCGGCCUGAAGCCAUUCAUCUAG